AUGAUCAGCACCGAUGGCGGCUCCAGCGGCAGCCAUAACGAGCCCCGUGAGUCAAACGGCGCAGAGGGAGCCAACACGGAAGAUGGGAUCGCCGCGCUCGAAGAUUUCUACUACGUGGACGGGCUCGCGCCACGGAAGGUGGUGGAGCACAUAUACCGGAGGUACAGGAGGGGGCACUACUUCUCGUACUUCGGAAACGUGCUCUUCUACCUCAUGCCCUCACGGCAGCGGGACAUGCGCAGGGAGUACGAGAAGCACCUGUUCAAGGCCGGCGAUGCGGAGCCGCACCUCUUCGGGCUUCUCAACGAGAUAUUGCAUCUGACCGUGGCCUCCCAGUCGCGACCCAUGGGGCGAGGGUAUGGGUUGCUGAGCGACCACGCCGGCUCUGCGCCGAAGCGGCGCUUCGACGCGGCGGACCCACAGAACCAGAGACGCAACUGCAAUGUCUUUGUGUAUGGCGACAGCUCCUUCGGGCAGAUGGACGUCGCGAAACACGCUGUAGAAUACUUAUCGCAAAGUGCCCACGUUAUCGGUCUCGAGCCAUCUGGAGCCAUGACUGAGCACAUCACGGACGUAAACGACCUGCUGGCGAUGUUCGGCGACUACGCAUCGCAUGACAGCGUCUACCGCAACACGCAGAUGACCUACAAGCUGAAUUUCGACAGUGACCACAAAAUGACGUCGAUUAGCGUGGUGCCAAAUAUGGCCACUGAUAUCUCAUGCACCGCGGUGUCGUCGAGGUUCAGGAGCUACCUGGCCAGCAGGACGGAAGACGCAGCGCUUCGCGACGUUGUGGUGAGGCCGCCCACAAUUUUCUACGCACUGCUGCGCGGCAGCAUCCAAAGCAACUUGCGGCGGUGGUUGGCGACGUGCAAGCUCACGGCCAGAGACGCGAAGCUCAUACUGCAGAUGCUGCCCGUGCAUGAGGAAUCGCACCAUGACUGGCAUCUCAAGACGCUGGAACGCGCCAUACGCAUACUGUUGAAAAUUGGGUUCAGCGCAGACGAGGUACAGUCGAUCAUGCAGGUGCUGGCGGCGGUGCUGCUUUUCGACACUUGCACGCUGUUGCGUGACAACUACGAGAGAGACCCGCAGUCGGGCUCCAGUAGGUCGGUCUCACAGGUGAACAGUCACCGGACCGACCUGAGUGCAAAGGAUAGCGGAGGUGGUUCUGGUCGGAUGAGCAUCAGGAGCGACGAUCCAAACGCAUCCUCCCGCACCGCCACCGGGCGGGCCUCGCAGGACGGUGAUGGCGUCAUCAACCCGAAGGAUAUUCUCGUGUUCGCUGCGGAUGUGCUCGAUAUAGGGUUUUUUAGGGUGCCGGCCAAGAUGCUGGGGUCACAAGAGCAGCUCUUCAGACUAGAGCUGCUCUCGUCGGAGAGCAUGGCUCAACUAGACAACCUGUCGUCCGCACUCUUCGUGCGCUUGAAGGUCGCCAUCUACCGGAAAAUAAACAGUUUCCUGGACCUGAAGCGCGGAUCCGCAGUGCAGACAACAAUAUCGAUCCACUGCAACGCCGGGAGCUUUCCCCAGUCGCUGCACGUGGACAAGCACUGCGACCUUGAGCUGGCCAGGCGGGCGUCCGAGGAGGUCUUUGUGGACAAGCUCAUCACUGCAGCCAUGCAACGUAGCAACGCCUCGGACGGCGACCUGGAUAUGGCGCGCAGGAGCCGGAAGGCGGUGGCCGCAUUGAGUGGAGUCACGGGUCUGCUCGGGAAGGUGGUGGUGAUUGCGCAUGAUAAGGCCAACGGGAAAGGCAACAAAAGCUCAUGGCAAGCCGCGAAUGUGGCAACAGUGGAGCAUUCGUGGCACAAGGUGAAUUACGACAUCUCGUCAAUCGCGCAAGAGGAGGCCCAGAUGUUCACGAUCCCGAGCCGCGUCUUGAGGCUGUUCGCCUAUUCCAAGAACAAGUUCAUCAUCGACCUGCUCGUCUCCAAAAGGUCGUUACACAACGUGUCGGGGGCGUGUGCCGGCGCACUCAGCUACAUGACGUUCCUCGACACGACCAUCGCAGACGGCGAUGAGUCACACUUCAUCGUAUGCACCAGCCCAACACUAGCUCGCAAGCUUUACAGUAAGCACGCCAACCAAUCGGACAGCGCAAGGCGCUCUCCCGACGAAGAUGGACAGCACAAGGGGGAUCGGCCUGAGGCGGCGGACGACCACCAAGCGGAACACGAAGACGAGGGCGACAUGACGCUGCUUGAGCGGGCGCUGUCGACUAACGUGCCCAUGCUGAAGAUAUGCGUGACGCAGCGCGACCAGUCGCAGGUGACGCUUGACAUAUCGGCUGCGCUGAACGCGUUCCUCCCGCUGGCCUACGUCGCGUUGCACUGUUCGGCGCACCGCAAUAUACCGCUCAUGGAUGACAAGGUCACGCUCAUGCUCCUGCUGCACGCCUUGAACGUGCCGACCUCGGCGUACAAGAUCUCGGAGAAGACCGUCACCUUGAGGCGGGCGCUGUGCGUCAAGAUACUGGCACGCGCAUUCACGUACCUGACCGAGGUGAUGGGCAGCGUGAAGCUGAUACAGCGCUGGUGGUUCGGAUACAACGUCAUCAGACUCAAGGAGAAGCUCGCCCGAACCGUGGUACGCAUACAGGCGCGCGUGAGGGAGCGGCUGUUCCAGGAGCACGUGCAUACCCGGGCGAAGGCCCGCGCUCUCAGCACGGAUUUCAUAGGGCUAUGCGUGGUCCUGUACCACCUCAAGGUGAGCCUGCUCUCCUCAUCGCAGAAAACGCUGCAACUCCUGCACUCUAUGGAGAAGCGGUACCACGAGAAGGAGUACCACCACAUACAACACGCCGCUGCAGCCUACAUCCAGGCGUGCUGGCGCGGCAGGGUGCAGCGGAAACGGUACGACCAGAUGCGCGUCGAACAGCUGGAGGACUUCGGGGCCGCACUGGUCCAGUCCGCCAUCAGGAGGUUCCUGGCAACCGCCAAGCUGGUACAGCAGAAACCCACGCGCGACAUAGCGGCGACGGCUAUCCAAGCUGCGUACCGCGGGUACCGUGCGAGGCGACAGUACGAGGUGCUCACGGGACUCAAACUCGCGCUUCUCUCCGUCGUGCGGAAGGGGUCGAAGCUCCUCAGCCUGGGGGACCACCUCAAGUUCGUCAAGGAGCGCAAGCGAUACAACUCCACCACGAUGCAGAUGAAGAAGCUCAUCAUGAUGCAGACCAACCUGCCCCCAGGGUUCACAAAGGUGCAGAACAUGAUCCGGAUGUACUUCGUGCGCAAGCAGUACCUGCACCUGCGCUCGGCCAUCGAGAAGGUGCAGGCGCUGGGGAUGACCAAGGUGGCGCGCAUAAAGUACCUCGAGAAGGUCAAGGCCGCCACUACGAUACAGCGUUGGUGGCGCGGCGUUAGACCUCCCGGCGUUGCGCCGCUGUCGGGCAACGCCUUGUACUACCUCAACAUGAGGGAGUACGCGGCCGCAGCGCCCCUGCGCGAGCUUUGCAACGCGGUCGGCAUGACGCUCUUCCACUUCCGCGCGUACCACGACCUGCGGCACGUUUACCCGCGUUCGUGGGCCGCAGAAGCGAGCGGGAUACUGGAUUACUUGAUUCAGAUGCAGCUCACGUUUAUCGACACCGGGAACGCAGAAUGCCCGCGCAUCGUCGGCCUGCAGUUCGCGGUGGGAGCGUACCACAGUCUGAUGCUGGUAUCGUACACCCAAGGCGGCAGUACAGCGCUCUACUCAUGGGGAGGGGCCGCGGUUUUGGAGGCGGAAACGGCCCCGCAUCCACGGACGGCUGGAAACAGGCCAGGAACGGGAUCCACGGGCGGAAAACCGAAGAGGCUGCAUACGCAGUACCUGCCAAAGCCCCUGGAAUUCUACACAUGGGAUACCACGGAGCUCGUCGGUUUGGGGCGGCCGCAGAUGGUGUUGGUACCGCGAGUGGAGAUCACGUCGAUUGCUUGCGGCAACGAAUUCUCAUUGGCGCUGGAUCGCAGCGGGAGAGUGUACAGCUGGGGCACAAACGUGCACGGGCAGUGUGGCCAGGGCCACAGGCUCACGUACGUCUGGUCGCCGACGAUGCUGCCGUUGCGCGAGGUGACUGGGGCAUGGUGCGGCGAGGAGCACUCGGUUGUGCGGGUCUCCGUCGGCGAGUACUUCGUGUUCGGACGGGCGUUCGGGUACGCAAUAUACGCGCCCGAGGACAUCAAGGCGCACUGCCAGGCUAUACAACGGCAGCGCAUAGUGGCGGUGGCGUGCGGCGGCACUAUGACCGUGCUGUACACGGCCGAGCUGCGCUACGUGCUACGCGUGCUGGGAGGCAGUGCGGCAUUUGCUGAGUGCUACAACCUGCGCGGAAACAUACACUCGGUGUGUACCAACGGCCGCAUGAUAUGCGCCGUCGUGGACAAGGUUACCGAAGGAGGUGCCCUCGGGCAGCAGGUCCUGGCAUGGGGGCACCUGCGCUGCUUCUCGAAGCACUUCAAGGAGCCGCUGCCCAACACGGCGCUGCUCGUCAACGCUUUCUGCGAGAUGUUGGAGCACCCGGAGAGGAGGCGCCCGCGAAGGUCGCUGGUCAAGGUGGAUUCGCAUCUGGCCAAGUCGUGCUCAAUUGCAGUGCCCACCCCGGUGAACAUCGCCAAGCGCGUGCUCAGCGUCACCUGCGACCACCAGCAGAUGCUGUUCACGUGCCUGCAUGGGGUGGUGCUCGGCGUACAGACCUUCGAGCUCAUCCACGACAGCCCGAGCGACAUCCGCGACUCAGACGGCCACGGCAUACGGCUCAGCCCCCAGGUUACCAACGCCCGACUCGAACCGGCGCUAUACCAGUUCGCCGCGCUGGAGCAGUCGGAAGCGCAGGUGCAGCUCGCCUAUAACCGGCUCUCCUGCUCCGUCGGCUACGUCGCCACGCCUACACCGGCCGACCAGACUCUUGUUUGA